AUGGCCACCUACCAAAUCACCAUCAAGAACAACUCUGGUAGUCAGCAGAACUACUUCAUCUUCAACGAAGCCCCCAAGAUCAACAACGCUGUCAGUUCUGACGUCUGGCUCAACGUUUUCCAGCGCAAGGCCACGGCCAAGGGUCAGACCUGUAUCUUCAAGUUUGCUUCCAACUACGGUGCAGUUGUUGGCUCAGCCGACUCUGAUCUCAGCGCCGGCAGCAGCGUCUCGGUGGGAAACCCUAUUCCUGUUCAACUGGGCGUCGCCAACGACGAUGGCACCUUGAGGAACAAGGGAACAUCUCUUCAGAUGACCGUCAUCGAUGGCGCUCCUCAAUUCACCGAGAACCCACCCACUGCCAACGGUGCCAUCCAAGCUUUUGAGAUCGUCACUGAUAGUAGCUUUACCUUUGCUGAGGCCAAGAACAACAACUACCUCAUCGGUCUCGGUGGUGAUCUCCAGGGAACUGGCCUCAGCGGUCCUGCUGCAACGUUUGUUCCUCAGCCUGGAAAGUCUUAUCAGAUCCAGCCUGUCAAGAAGUUCUGGGUUGCCACCGGUGACUACCAGAGGGGUGCUCUGAUCAAGGUUGCCUCUGUCAACACUACUAUUGUUCCCAUUGACUUCAGCACCCGCGACUCUGUCAAUGCUACCGUUGUUCACAACGAUGUUGGCAAGAUGACUCUCCAGGUUGGAUAG